ACACACACACACACACACACACACACACACACACACACACACACACACACACACACACACACACACACACACACACACACGUAUCCCAUCCCAGUCCCAGUGUCCCAGUGUCUGAUCACACUUUCAUCUCUAGCUCGACCGUGUUGAUCGCAAGACGCAAAGUAACAGAUACUAGCACGAUCGCUAAAGCCAGUAUGUUUAAUCCUUUGCAGGUGAUAGCAGGAUUGUUCCCCGUGAUCCGGUGGCUGGUGGACCUCUGGAAUGGAUGGUCGACGCAGUUCCUUGUGCUCUUCAGCCUCACGCUGCAGUUCGUCCUGCUCUUCCUCGCCGGAGUCCGCCGGCAUAAAGACGGCGGGAAGAGGAUUUUCAUCAUCUGGCUGGCCUACCAGCUGGCCGACUACACCACGACGUACGCUCUGGGAAACCUCGCCGCCGUCAGCGCUCUGCACGGGCACCAGCUGGUGGCGUUGUGGGCGCCUUUCCUGCUGCUCCACCUCGGCGGCCCGGACAACAUCGCCGCCUAUGAGCUAGAGGACAACAAGCUCUGGGCGCGCAGUACCCUAACCGUCGCCGCGCAGGCCCUGGGAGCCGGAUAUGUCCUCUACAAGAACAAGAACAUCUCCAGCGGCGGCACCUUCUUCUGGUUGGCGGCCGUCUUCAUGGCCGUCGUGGGUCUCGUCAAGUCCUGCGAGAAGAUACUGGCUCUCAGGCGCGCCAACUUAAGCAUCAUCCGGGAUUCGAUGAAGACGGAGACAUCGGCCAAGUGCACUUUUUUCCUCGAGGUCGAGGACGAUGCGCCCCCUCGAGGGGGAUUCAAUGAGGACGGUCGUAAUCGUGCCCGAGUGGAAGAAUUCGUCAAGAAGCGUGCUCACGCCCUGUUCCACUUUUGCAAGUCCGCCAUGGUUGAUUCUUCAGUCGACGACAACCCGCCGCUGCUUGAUAGCUUUAGGGACCAUGGCAUAAGCUACAGGUGGAAGCUGAUUGAGACGGAGCUGUCCCUCAUGUAUGACAUCCUCUACACCAAGGCGGCCGUGGUCCACACCCUGCCCGGCUACUGCAUCCGUGCCGCCUCGUCGCUCGCGGUGGCCGCCUCGCUCCUGCUGUUCCGGUUCAGCAACAAAGCCGGCUACAGCAGGGUCGACGUCGCCAUCACCUACACCCUGCUGGGCGGCGCCUUGCUCCUGGAGACGACCUUGCUGCUGACCGCUCUCCUCUCCACCUGGACGUUUGCCUUCCUGUGCACCACGCGGUGGAGCCGCCUUCGGCACGCGAUGCUGUGCUCUGGAAGGUGGGACAAGCUCCGCCGUGUGGUCGUUUCCCUCCACCGGCUAGCCUACGCCACGGGCAUCGCUGUCUGCUUGAGAUUGUCGAGGAAGUGGCAGGGCACCAUGGGGCAGUACAGCAUGCUGGACAAGUGCACACGCUGGCGCACAGGCAGUCCUCCUCCUCUCUCCGGCGUAUGGGCUUGGGCGGUGCUAGGCCUACUAGGCCCCCGUAGCGCGUGGAGUGUUGAGGUUCCGGGGAAAGUCAAGGACCGUGUGUUGAACCAUAUUUCUAGCAUUGCCAGGGGGAAUGACAUCAACACGCUGGGGUUGAUCAGGAAGAACUGGGGCGAGAAGGCACUGAAGCCCUACGAAUCUAUCGCCGAAGUGGCACGCCUCGGUGCUGAGAUCCAGGAGGCCAUCGUCGUCUGGCACAUUGCUACUGAUAUUCUCCUCGCAAAACUUGGGAAGCUCACCGUCAGGAUCGAGCAGCAGGACGUGCUCGACCUUGAUGUGGGGGCAAUCAAGGCAAUCUCCCAGUUCAUGAUGUUCCUCCUCGUCAAGCGCCCUGCUAUGCUCCCCGGCCUUGCCCAAGUCAAGCUGUAUCAACGGACGGAGGAAACUCUGGCCAAAGAAUGGGGAGAUGCCGCCGCCGCCGACAAGCUAGCCCCUACUCUCAAGCCGCCUGCAAGCUGGAUUCACAGUGUCUGUACAAUGUUCAUGGAACAACUGCGUUGUGGUGGCCCCAACUCUGAUCCUCGGCUCCAACGUAGAGAGAAACUUGCCAAGUGGCUGUACGAACACAUGCCCGAGUUGGACGAACAUGGGAAAAGUUCUCGUGUGAGAUUCGGGAUCCAACUCGCCAGAAGACUUUACGAGAGGGAGAAAACGGAGAAGGACUCGCUGCAAAUAGUCUUAGCUCUGUGGACAGAUAUUCUAGUCUUCACGGCCAACCGGUGCAGCAGGGAGUCGCAUGCCAAGCAGCUCAGCAGAGGUGGCGAGUUAACAACACUCAUAUGGCUCAUGACAGAGCAUCGUCACCGUCAUGAAGAGUCCGGCUAGAACGGGGGUGGAUCCAGCAGAAAAUUGUACGAGGGCUGUGAGCGAAUAUUCUAAGUAGCACCUUACAUUCUGGGCUCUAAAAUUUAACAGCAUUGUGCUUUCAGUGCUAGGUGACAUUCCCAUCGACGGUAAGACGGUUGU